AGUACAUUGCUCUUUUAUAAUGGGGAAAUCACGAGUAGCACCUCUAGAACAGAUGACAAUUCCUCGUCUGGAAUUGACUGCAGCUGUCGUUUCAGCAAGAGUCAGUGCUUACCUAAAACGCAAUCUGCACUACAGUAACUACUCCGACAUUUUCUGGGUAGACAGUAAAAUUGUAUUGGGCUAUAUUAACAAUGACGCAAAGCGGUUUAACAUCUUUGUAGCUAACAGAGUUCAGCAGAUUCGGGACGCGACCCAUCCAAAAUCCUGGUUUUAUGUGAACGGGAGAGAGAACCCUAGUGAUCUAGCUAGCAGAGGAAUGCGUCCUUCUCAACUAACUUCAGAUUCGAUGUGGAUGAGCGGACCCUCAUUCUUAUGGCAGAAAGAAAUAGUUUACAGCAACGAGAUUGGUUUCGAACAAAAAGAGCGAACAAAAAGAGCGGUUGCUAACUGUAUGGUGUACAUUGGAAUUUUGCGGAAAACUCAACCCAUCCCAAACGUCAACGUGGACUUGUUAAAAAGGGCAGAAAAUUUAAUCAUUCGGAAUUUGCAGCGAGAACAUUUUUCUGCCGAGAUUGCAUCCAUUUCAAAAGUGGGAAGAAAAGACAAUAUGACUGAGCCCUUCCCACGUUCAAGGUAUGUAAGAAAAACCAGUUCAUUAUAUAGGUUGGAUCCGUUUUGGACGAAGACGGGAUUCUUCGAAUUGGUGGUAGUCUUCGGCGUUCGUCUCUGAAGUAUGAAAUGAAGCAUCCUA